AUGUCUGGAAGUGACAGAAAGCCCGAGUGGAGAAAACAGUUAGAGAGGUUGGUAGCAGAGAUCAGCCAAAUGAGCCCCGAACGGCAAGCCCUCCCUGAGAACCAAGCUGUGAUCGAAAGCUUGAAACAUAUCGAAGAAUUGGAGGACGAGCUAGCAUCGCACGAGCAGCGUCGAAGGGAUCUUCAGCAACAGUAG